CAGGGGGCGCUGCGCGGAGCCGCUGAGGUGGGAGCGGUUGGCGGCGGCGGCGGCUGCGAGCGAUGUGGCGGUGGGAGCAGCCGCCGGCGGGGUCCGCCUCGCCGGGCUGCCCCGACCUGCUGCGGCACGUAGACGGCCCGCGCUCGCCGCUCUCCCCGCUGUACCUCAGCUUCUUCGAGGAGGAGUGCCGCACCAUCGCCACUCGCCUGCGCCUCGGCGCCGCCGUUGCGGCGGAGCCCUUGCCGGACCCGGGGGAGGGCAGCGCCCUGUGGGCCGACGCCGCCGGGCCCGUCACCUCCACGCCGCUGCACACCUCGCCGCCCCUCGACGAGGGGGCCCCGGACAGCGCGACGCCCGCCGCCCGCCCCGAACACGGGUGGCUCCGAGGCCGCCGCCGCCCCGGGCCCGGCCCUCCCGCAGCCUGCUGCCGGCGGUGGCCCCGGCGCAGCGCGGCACGGCUCCAGCCUCGCCCGCCCGCAGGCCUUGUCCCGUAAGGCAGCACGGCGCGGUGCCGGACAGCCCCCCUGCGGCGGGCCGGGCCCCGCGGGCCGCCCCCGCACCCCCGCCCGGUCCCCGGGCCGUGGCGGCGGCAGGCUCUCUGUCUCCCGGGCACGGGCCUCUCUGGGUCUGCAGCUCCCUAAGGCCGGCAAGGAGCUCGGUGGCCCGGCAACAAGGCUCCCCCAGC